GACUGAGUGACAGUGGAAGGAGCUGUGUCUGCAUUUAUCACUGACUGCCUGAAAUCGUGGCAAACUUGGACUUGAGACAGCGAUGAGGAAUGAGCUCUACCAAGGGGUGUACUGCAAACUCCAAUGAGACCUUGCCCUCGAUGAAAUCCACGCAGUAUGGAUCAGGAUGAAUUUCCACCCCCUCCUCCUGAAGUGCUAGAAAGUGAGCUUCCUUACGUUGAUGAAGAUCAAGAGGAAGGCGAAGUGUUUGAUUUUGACAGUGAUGAGAUACCAGAAGCAGACAGAGAGCCCAGCUCCGCCCCUAUGCCUGUCGUUAUGAAUGAGGUGGAACACUGCACCACACAAAACUCAACACAGGAUAAUGUAACUUUGGAUACAUGUAGUGAGAACCAUGGAUAUUACGAAAUAUCAGAAACGAAUACCGUGCCCCCACGUGGAAAGGAUUUAGAUGCCGACCCUAAAGCAGUGGCACAAGAAAAUGGUACUGCUGCCAAUUUGCUACAUACAUCAACACAAGCCACAGCACUUGCAAAAGUGAAUCCAUAUUCGGUUAUAGAUAUCACACCACUCCAGGAAGGCGAUCAAGUUGAAUCUUCAGGAGCAGAACAAAGCCUCCAGGACAAUAAUGCAACAGGUUAUGCACUACCCGCUGGAUAUUGUGUUCCAGUUCCCUGCGGAUAUGCUGUACCAUCCAAUGUACCAUUGUUGGUUCCGACAUAUUCAGCCCCUGUUACUUUAAUAAGAAAUGUUUCUGUCGAUGAGGAAGCACCAUUUACAAGUGAGGAUGUUGAUGCUAGAAUUAUUCAGUCAAACAGUCAGCCAGUUGGUGAAGAUUAUCUUGCUUUGGACUCAGAAGAUGCCUUUACCAAAUGGGCUUCAGACCCAGCAAAUACGGCAUGGCUGGAGGGUCAGGAUGAAGUGAUUUAUGAUGAUGUGCCAAUAGAAAAUUCUGAUGCAUCAGCAACAGAUCCAGAAGAACUAAUUUAUGAUGAUGUGGAACAUGGGGAUGAGGCUGCGACAAGUUCUUUGGAUUAUGGUUGGAGCUCCAGUGAGUUUGAGAGCUAUGAUGAGCAAAGUGAUGGCGAGUCUAAGAAUGAAAAUGGAAUUCCCAACUCAUUCCUCCAAGGCAAAUCUCACAAGAACAAGAUACAUCUUUCACAGGACCUGAGUCGUUUAAAAGAACAUUACGAGAAGAAAAUGAAAGAAUUGGCAAAUGCAGUGGGAAGUGUGGAACUUCAACAACUGAAGCAGAAACAAGAAAGGAAGAUGCAACAAUUAAUGAAAGCUGCAAAAGAAGGUACAAAAGAUGGAUUAGAAAAGACCAAAGCUGCUGUUCUUAAAAGGGGUCGUUCAUUUAUUAGACACCGAUAUCAAGAUCACAGGUUUGGGUGUCUGGAAGAGGAAGAACAGAAUCUCUUCAUUGAUGUUGACUGCAAACAUCCAGAGCCAGUAAUGACACCAAUGCCAGAGGGUUUGACACCACAGCAGGUUGUCAGACGAUAUAUUCUUGGUUCAGUUGUUGAAAGUGAGAAGUGUUAUGUGGAUGCUUUGAAGCGAAUUCUAGAACAUUAUGAGAAACCUCUUUUGGAAAUGGAUCCGAAACUAUUAAGUGAAAGGAAAUUAAAAAUAGUGUUUUAUCGAAUAAAGGAGAUUCUUCAGUGCCAUUCCUUGUUCCAGAUUGCCUUAGCUAGUCGUGUGACUGAGUGGGACGCGGUUGAAAUGAUUGGAGAUGUCUUUGUUGCCUCAUUUUCAAAGUCGAUGGUGCUUGAUGCGUAUAGUGAAUAUGUAAACAAUUUUAGCACUGCCAUGGGAAUUAUUAAGAAAGUGUGUGCCAGCAAACCUGCCUUUCUGGAAUUUUUGAAACAAUGCCAUGAGUCAAGUUCUGAUCGCAUUACAUUGUAUGGCCUAAUGAUGAAGCCAAUUCAACGUUUUCCACAGUUCAUUCUUUUGCUACAGGACAUGCUAAAGAACACUCCAAAGGGACACUCUGAUAGACUACCUCUUCAGAUGGCUCUUACUGAGCUUGAAACAUUAGCAGAGUACUUAAACGAACAGAAACGGGAAGCAGACCAGCGUUGCGAAAUGAAGCAGAUUGCAAAAGCAAUGAAUGAGCGUUACUUGAAUAAGCUUCUUCGUAGUGGAAACAGAUACCUCAUAAGGUCAGAUGACAUGGUGGAAACUGUUUACACUGAGAAAGGAGAAAUUGUGAAAACCAAAGAGCGACGUCUGUUCAUGUUAAACGAUGUUCUUAUGUGUGCUACAGUCAGCUCUCGUGUCCACCAUGACAACAGUGGUGCAAUACCGUCUGGACUGAGAUACUUGCUGAAGUGGAGUGUACCGCUUUCUCAAGUUGAUGUUGUGGAAUUUGGGAUCAGUGAGGAUCUGGCAGAGAAAAAUAGAUUUACCCCACCACAUUCUGGAGAAAAGAUUCUAAUUAGUACAAAGCCAAACAAGUUGUACAUGGGACCAGGACAACUGUAUCAAGAUUUACAAAACCUAAUGCAUGAUUUAAGUGUGAUUGGCCAGAUUACGCAGCUUGUUGGUACUUUAAAAGGAAAUUAUCAGAACUUAAAUCCAGCUGUGAGCCAGGAUUGGACAGCAGGUCUUCAGAAACUCAUAUUUAAAAAGGAAGAAGAAAUAAGAGCAGCAGAUCGUUGCAGAAUUCAACUGCAACUCCCUGGAAAACCAGACAAAUCUGGAAGGCCUUCAUUUUUUACAGCAGUGUUUAAUACAUUUACUCCAACAAGCAAACUCUCCUGGAUGAGUAGUUUACAAAUGGCCAAAUUGGCCCUUGGGGAUGAGAACCAGCUGGGUUGGUUCUGUGCAGAGGAUGAUGGGAAACAAGUAAAGCGCCAAAAGCACCCACUUCUUGUCAGGCACAUGCCUGUGAUGAUGUCAAAACUGCAGGAGUUCAAGGUAGAAUGUGCUAUUCAUAAUCCAGAACACUGUAAUGCAUCUGAUGCACCGAACUCAUUCUCUAUGGAACAUGGAUAUCUGUGGAUUGGGAGUUGUACCAAUCAAAUGGGCCAGAUCACGAUAGUCACACUACAUAAUUCCAAUCCAAAAGUAAUUGAAUGCUUCAAUGUUGAGUCCCGUAUACUGGCCAUGGCGUAUGUCCCAGAAGAUGACAAACCAGAAGAAUCUGAUGUCUUUUCUGACUCCGAAUCUAUGAGUACAAAGUCCGCUGAAACUCCAACCAUCUGUCUUGGCAUGGAAGAAGGAAGCAUUUCUGUGUACAAGAGCAGUCAGGCUUCGAAAAAAGUUCGAUUGCAGCAUUUCUUUACUCCGGAUAGAUCAACAGUGGUGAGCCUCGGGUACAAGUUACAAUGCCUCUACGCUGGACUUGUUAAUGGAAAUAUUGCUGUCUACACCAAGGCUGAAGAUGGAUCUUGGAAUGCUGAUUCGCCAAAAGUGCUGAAACUUAGUGACCUACCUGUGAAAGUCAUCCUUGUGAUGGAAGACACGCUCUGGACUGCUUCUGGUGGACAGAUUUUCAUCAUCAGCACAAAGACACAUACCGUGGAGCAACAGUUUGAGGCUCAUCAGGAAGAAGGGAUGGUCAUCUCACACAUGGCUGUGGCUGGUGUUGGAGUCUGGAUAGCCUUCCAUUCAGGUUCUGCUCUGCGCUUGUUUCACACAGAGACACUUGAGCAUCUUCAAGAUAUCAACAUUGCCACUCCUAUCCAUAACAUGAUAGCAGGACAGCAACGGGUUACUGUGACCAGUCUCCUAGUCUGUCAUGGGCUACUGUUGGUUGGAACCAACCUGGGUAUCAUUGUGGCUUUGCCAGUUCCUCGAUUGCAGGGCAUACCUAAAGUUACAGGAAGGGGAAUGGUGUCCUACCAUGCACACUGUGGUCCAGUCAGAUUUCUCACUAUGGCUACAGCCACUGCCACGAUGACGAACAAAUAUCCGUCACUUAAAAGUCUGUCACCUCCGCUGGAAGGUAAAGAUGGAGAAAAGACUGGUCAUGUUGGCUCUCAAGCGGAAUACUCGAGCUCUUCAUGUGCACCUAACAAAGACAAAGGAGUUUGGCUUGGAGAUAACUCAAUAUCUGUUGUCCAACACAGCAGUAUAUCUUCAUCUACAGGAUCUCUGACCUGUUCUCAUCAGUCCAGUUCACUGGAACAUGGCCCUGAGGACAGCACAAUCUAUGAGUUCUUGAAUGACCCUAGUCUCUCAAGUAAAGCUAAAAACAGUGACAGUGAAAGGACAAAGAAGAUGAAGAUGAGUUCUGUAUUGGUCAUGUCUGGAGGUCAGGGACAUAAACGACUGAACAAGAAGUCCAAACAGCAGCGUCAAGAUGAAACCAUUUCCACUAUCAUGAUUUGGCAAAUUCCAUUGUUAAAUUUAUGAGGAGUUAAUGGCCUUGUCCAUAUCACUUCUUUUGAUAUCUAUAAUCCUUUUUGGGAUCUUUCUUGUAAGAUAACAUAGAAAAUGCAUAAAUGUUCUUGUGUAUUUUGAACAGCAUGUAUUGUAGCAGCUUAAUACUCACAGCAUGUCAGUCUGCCAGCCCAUCAAUAUUUGCAUUGCCAAUGUUGAACAAUUUGUGAGAUCUAAAUGUGUACUUCAAAAAUAGAUUAGAUUCCUAUUCAAUAAAUAACAUGUUUCAAUAGUUUAUCAACACAAUCUUAAGGCACAUUGCUUCAAGAUUUGCUUUAAUUGGUUUGGAGAAAUUGAACUUGUAGGUAACAUAUCCAAGCUUUGCCUGCUGUGAAAACUGAGCAGAUUUCCCACUAAAUAACUUAAUUUUACCUUCUCCUUGGUUGAAAAAUACUUGUGUGUCAAUUUUUCCAACUCCAUAUUGUGGCAUGUUUUUCUCAGACAUACAUUUUCUGGAAAUCUGCCAAUGACAAAUCCCAAAACACUGCAGGAAUACAAAGGAAUGCUACCACUUUUUCAUGGGAAUUACAAAUACUACAGAUUUAUUUCAUGGAAUAAAUGAGAUUCUUGCACAAAUUAGAUUGUUGAAUAA